CUAUGAAACUGUUUACUUUUAUGUUAACAUCACUAUUGACACUGUUGAUUUGUCCGAGGACUUAUAUUUAGUUUAGGCUAUGUCUUAAAGAUGGUGUUUAUUUGAAAAUGACUUCUUAUGAAAAUAUGGAAACGAGACCACAUGAAAUAUUUGUGGAGAAUACAAAUUUAAGGGAUCACAAUGAGGAGUUACAGCGGCAGCAACAGAGGAUGGCGAGACGCCCGUCUGCUUUUCAAAGACUUACCGGAAGUAAAUGUCCAAACUGUGUUCUGAAGCCAAUGGUGAAAUUCCUGAUACUUUGCUUUAUCAUUGUUGCAGCCAUCAUUAGCUACUCGUUGCUACAAGUAAAACAGGACAGCACUCUGGAAUCUCUGGUAUCUACAUCCUCUGAAAAACAGACGGGCAGUGAAAGUUCGGGAUAUGAAAUGAAAUUAGAAAUAGAACAACAGAUAACUUACCUAGACUGUACUGGCUCGCAACUGAAGCAGUCUUUUCCAGACUUGGAUUAUGCUCUUAUGGGCUACAAUAUCUUAAAAGGCUAUCCUCUAGCAGUUGGUCAUGACCCUGGUUUCACGUAUCCAAUAUUUAAAGCAGAUUAUUCCCGGGGACUUCAAACAGCUGACUGUCGUUAUUCUGUACCAAAAGGUAUUGUAGUCGUUCCAGACGUAUCUUGUAUCACUUCUUUUUCCUCUACGACGAUACGAACGAAGUAUGAAUUCUCUAGAGAACUAUCAGUCUAUACCAAAGUAAGCGGAGGAACUUGGGGUACUAAAUUUUCAGCUAGCGUAGGCUAUAAAAGUUCGUCUUCCGACAUCUCCUCUGGUGAAUCUGUUUACAUAUUGUCUACUGCCAAGUGUAAUUAUUACUUUAGUAAAUUGGUGACUGAAGAUGCUCCACAAUUUGAUGACGUUUUUAUUAAAUGGGUCAACAAGUUGAAUGCAGCUGGCUCGGAUUCAGAAUUGUACUUCGCCUUUUUUGAAAUAUUCGGGACCCACUUUGCGACGGAAGUGACGUUUGGAGCUAGAUACACAUACGAAUAUAAAAUGUCAUCAAAAUACUACGAAAGAGAGAGGAAAAGGGGAGUCGACGUUAAAACGUCUGCUAGUACAUCCGGAUUCCUCGGCCUUUGGAAGCUGAAAUCAGAAUUUAAAUUUUCUCUAUUGCAACGGAAACAAGCAUCUGAGUUUCUUGAAAAUGUAGAAACCAAAACAACAACUGUUGGUGCACCACCACCCGAGGAUGGAGGUGCUUUGGCAUGGGCGUCAGAGGUUAAAUCGAACCCCGUGCCUUCCGCAUAUAAACUUGUAUCUAUUGAAAAUCUUUUUACAGAUAAGUACAUGAAAUCUUUGAAUAUCGAUUACAAUCGAAUACACAAGAAUAUAGUCAGUCAGAAGAUUGCUUACUGUCUAUUCCUACAGAAGAAAGGGGAAUUAGAGUCUUGUGAGGAGCUCGUAGCUGGCAUUGAAUUAAAAAAUACUAGAAUAAUGGGGCACUACCGAGAAAAAGCGGUAUCAUCAGCAUCCGACUGUAUUGAAAUUUGUCUAGAAGAGAUGAAUUGUGAAGCAGUUUCAUUUUGUACCACUUGUACCAGCAGAGAUAUUGACUACAACACGUGUCAUUUAAUUCAAAGCAAUGGCCACUCCUUGACGACCAGAAAAACAGAAGAUCCUGGCUAUGUAUGGCAAAGUAACGUCUUUCCAGGAAAGAUUAAAUCACAAUUAAAACUUGAAAAUGUAAGUAUCAUUGGCGUUCCUCGAGGAUUUGAAACUGAAGAAGAUAAAAAGGCCGACCUAGAGAAAUGCCGAAAAUUGUGUUUUCAGGACGCGUAUUGUACCUCCUAUAGCUUCUGUAACUGUACUGAUACAGUAUCGAAAUGCAAAAUGUACAGUAAGGAACUGACGACCGGACUUCAGACAGAAGCUAAUAUAGACACGUUCUUCAUUUCGGCGAGCUUUGACGGUAUAACAUCAGUAACAACAACAACUACCGCCAAAACAAAUUGAUAUUAACAGCAAAGCCUCGUAUCCGUAUCAAGAACUUCAAGAACCAGUCGAAAGGCGUUUUCAUUAACACCAUGCUUCUUAAACACAAGUCGAUACAGUCUCCAAUACACAGCUAAGGCCUGACAGCAGCGGCAAGAUUGCAUGAACAGCAUGACCACUAUCAAAUUAGAGUUUCCUUAACUACAGCAAUCACAACUUCUUACACAACAUUGGAAAGGGAUUGCUGGUCCCAUCAAUAAAAACAGCUAAACAUGCCGAGUUCGGAUUGAGAACAUAGUCACCCUAGAAAACCAAAUAGAAACUAAACAAAGCGAUUGAUCGGUAUAUCUUUCGCUGUCUGUCACAUUUCGUGUGAGUGGCGACUAGUUGUACUGAUUUUUGUUAAUUAGCCAUUCUUUUAUUCAUUUCUAAUAAAUUUGCAAUGUAUGUCUAAUUAUGAUGCGUCACUUGUGAGUUUAUGACUAUACUCAUGAUAAUUAUUGAUAACAAUAACUAAGUGAGAGACGUAUGAAUUAACAAAAUUUUGCUUACUGUUACAUUUUUGUCGAUAAGUUUGUGAACUUCAAACUCAUAACAUUAUCAUAUUGAACAUUAAACAUAUAUACUUCG